AUGCUGCCUUACUUUUGCGUCACCUUAAAUUUCCAGCCUGUACGACCUCUCCUCAUCCUCUCUCUCCCCUUCCUCCCCCUACCCCCCUCCCUCUACACUGUUCAGAAAAUGUCAACAGCAGACAAGCAAAACCUCUUCCCCUCCCUUGGUGAGGUGGCCGAGCGCACCGACGCGCUCCCCGACUCGGUCCAGGAGGAGGUCGACGACGGCCGCGAGAUGAAGGAGGUCGAGUCGCUCUGCAUGCGCUGCCACGAGCAGGGCGUCACCCGUCUCCUCCUCACCACGAUCCCCUACUUUAAGGAAAUUAUCGUCUCCUCGUUCCACUGCGACCACUGUGGCUUCCGGGACACUGAGAUCCAGUCGGCUGGCGAGAUCCAGCCCAAGGGAUGCGUCUACACGGUCCACCUCCUGAACCGCGACGACCUCCAGCGCCAGCUCGUCAAGAGCAGCUGGGCGACCGUUGCCGUCCCUGAGCUCCAGCUCACCAUCCCCCCUGGCCGUGGCCAGCUCACCACCAUUGAGGGCAUCCUCCGCGACACUGUGCGCGACCUGGCCAUUGAGCAGCCCGUCCGCAGGCACUUGGACCCCCCGACCGCUGCCAAGAUUGACGGCAUCCUCAGCAAGAUCCGCGACGUCCUCGGCAUUGAGGAGGGCGACGAGGACGGAGCCGUCGGCCGUGACGGCGACGAGGCUGUCGCCCACGAGGGCGACGGUACCGACAAGCCCUUCGUUCCCUUCACCCUUACCCUCGACGACCCGUCGGGCACCUCGUUCCUUGCCUUCAAGGACUCGGUCAACGACCCCCAGUGGAACCUCCGCGCCUACAACCGUACCCUCCAGCAGAACGUCUUCCUUGGUCUUGUCGCUGCCCCCGAGGACGGUGCCAAGCCCGAGGACGCGGUCCCCGAGGACCACCGCUUCAAGUCGGCUGCCGAGGCCAAGGAGCGCGCCAAGGUUGUCGAGCACGAUGCUGGUGUCGAGGUCCCCGAGGAGGUCUACUCGUUCCCUUCGACAUGUCGCUCUUGUGGACACGAGCUCGAGACGCUCAUGAAGCAGAUCAACAUCCCCUACUUCUCCGACGUCAUCCUCAUGUCGGCCAACUGCUACAACUGUGGCUACCGUGACAACGAGGUCAAGUCUUCUGGCCAGAUUUCCCCCAUGGGCAAGCGCAUCACCCUCAAGGUCGAGGCUGGUGACGAGGACGCCCUCUCGCGCGACCUGCUCAAGUCGGACACUUGCGGUCUCGAGAUCCCCGAGAUCGACCUCGAGCUCCAGCCGGGUACCCUCGGUGGCCGUUUCACCACCCUCGAGGGCCUGCUGAACGAGAUCUACGACGAGCUCUCGACCAAGGUCUUCAAGACUGGUGACUCGACCCACGCUGGUAUUGGCCAGAGCGGCCAGGACCACACCAAGGAGGAGCGCAACUUUGAGCACUUCCUCCAGGGCCUCAAGGACGUCAUGGCUGUCAAGAUUCCCUUCACGCUCAUCCUCGACGACCCCGUGUCCAACUCGUACCUCCAGAACCUCAACGCACCCGAGCCUGACCCGGACAUGGAGAUUGUCGAGUACGAGCGUACCCAGGAGCAGAACGACGACCUUGGUCUUUCCGACAUGGUUGUCGAGGGCUACAACCCCGAGGCCGAGGGCACUGCCAAGUAAGCAGACAUAGCAUGAGCGACGCAGCGCAGCCGCGAUUGUAAGUCGGCGUGCGAGGCAUGUCGCCAGUGGCGCCGCGUUGCGCAGUACGCAGUCACAGUGAGUGUCUCUUCCUCCUCUUCCCCUGCCCUCCCCCUACGUCUCAUCCGGAUGAUCCACAAAAUCAAGCAUAGUUCAAUCAGACCUAUCAUGAUCGACACUAGCAUCUAAUAGUCUUUCGCUCCUAUCUGAACCCCCUCUUCCGCCACCGCAGUCUUUCCACAAGCGAGGCGCAGCGCUGACCACGCAACAGGAACGGAACAGAUCUAAGCGGGUCGUCGGCCUCGAGCCACACCUAAAUGAUACACAUAGCAGGCACGGCACAAGCAUAAUUUUGUAGAAGAGCACUAGAGGCUGUGUAAUGUUGUAUGAUAUGGAGUGAAGCAAG